UGCACAACCAAAACAGAACCAGUCAAAUGUAAUUUUCCGUUAACAAAAUUAACAUUCACAAACUUCACCAAUGUUACCAACGGUUAUAUUAGUAUUUAGUGGGAAAAGAAAAUCUGGCAAAGACUAUGUUACUGACAUUAUUCAAAGCAAGCUUACUGAUGAAAUGUGUGCAAUAAUGAGGUUAUCAGCACCACUGAAAAAACAAUAUGCGCUUGAACAUGACCUUGACUUUGAUAAGUUACUGGAUGCGUCUGAGUAUAAAGAGCGCUACCGACGUGAGAUGAUAGUUUGGGGUGAAGAGAAGAGAAAUGCUGAUCCGGGUUUCUUCUGUCGACACGCGACGUCUGGAGAUGAUGCCAAGAAACCAGUCUGGAUCAUCAGCGAUGCUCGGAGAAAAACAGACAUCGCGUAUUUCAAAGAUGUUUAUCCAGAUGCCACAAGGACUGUCAGAGUUGUUGCAGAUGAAGAAAUGAGAACAAAACGUGGAUUUGUGUUUACAGCAGGUGUUGAUGACGCAGAAUCAGAAUGUGGACUGGACGAUGUCAAGGUCUGGGAUUUUAUCAUCACCAACAAUGACGACAGUGAUGUGUUGAACAACCACAUUACAAUAGUAACAGACUUUGUCAACUCAAAGCUGGGUGUUGCACUGUUGUGACCCUGGUUUUUAUGUAAGAAUUGACCACAAUUAUUUUUGGUUCAUGCAAGUAUGAACCGAAAAAAACGUUGUGCACAACUGUAUGACUACGCAUAGGUAUUGUUAAAUAAUAUGUAAACGAUGGUCAUUGAAAAUUCAUAUACUUGUUUUUUUCCACAAAAAGGCAGUUUUGUACUGACAAGUGAUGCACAUCGUUUUUCAACCGCAUUCCAAAUAUACAAGAUCAGGGCUUGAAUUUAACAGCAGCACUGAUAACAAUUGCUGUAACUGUGAUAUGAAUUGUAGAAUAUUAGUGAUUUUACCAAUAGUAAUUUUUUGCCACUGGAUAAAAAAAAAAAUAGCCGUUGGUUGAUUGGAUAAUUUUUUGCUUUUAAUUUUGUGUUCAUUAUUUAUUACAAAAGUGACUGGUUUAAAAUGGGUCUUUAGCUGGCUGCUGUUGCUUUUCUUCAGCUAGUUAUGGUUGCUGUUUUUCAGCUAGUUGCUGUUGACAUUUUGCAACUAGCUAUUAAAUUUUUGUCAUUCCAACCUGUGCUGGAAUAUUGAAGUUGUUUCAAUUUCUUCAAGUCUUCAUUAAGGUGUAAUGCUGACGAUAACUUUUCUCCAAGACCUCUGGAAAUUAUAAAAGCUUCUGUAAUUUUAUCAAGGUACUCACUGUGUAAUGAGUGUUUCAGUUGUUUACUCAUUUUGAAAGGGCGUGCUCCAUCCGGCAUCUAUCCAUGUUUAUCUUUCUUUCUUUUGUAAAUCAGUUUGUUGAACUGGGCCCUGUUUUACGAAGCGAUUUUAGCGCCAAGAUCACCUUAAGGACAUAUAGUAGCUAUGCACUUAAGAUCAUCUUAGCGCUAAGAUCACUUCGUAAAACGGACCCUGGAUCUUUUGCAGUUUUUCUAUGUUAAAGGUCGAUUAAAAUAACUUAUAAUAAUUACGGUAUGUGAUUAAAAAACAAAACAAUG